AUGUCUUCUCUACCGCCAGACCAAGAGCUGUCCUGGGCAAAGCCUCUUUCGAUCGACCUACUUCUUAAAGUCCUCAAUGUAACAUUUCUACACCCGUUCGUGGCGUGGAUGAUUCCGCUGUGUAUGCGCGCGCAAGCUAUGCGGUGGAACAAUCCGUAUAUUCAAGCAGCCAUCGGAUACGCAUCGUUCUUGACGUUCCUAUUCUUCGCCAACAUCCUGAAUAAACAGAUCGCAUAUUCGAAGCCACGCAAGGUCAAGCAUUCGGACGAAGUAAUUGUGAUUACUGGCGGUGCAAGCGGAUUGGGGUUGUUGAUCGCAGAAGUUUAUGGGAUGCGAGGAGCUUCUGUUGCCGUGUUGGACAUCAAGGGACUGGAUUCCGGGGAAGCGCGAGGAGUUUCGGUAUAUCAAUGCGAUGUGGGAGACAAAGAGCAGGUCGCAAAAGCCGCAUUGGAAAUUGAGAGAGAUCUUGGGGCUCCAACUGUCCUGAUCAAUAACGCAGCUAUCGUCAACGGGAAACCACUUCUGGAGCUGUCGGCAGAGGAAAUUGAUCAAAAUUUCAGAGUGAACCUACUCUCGCACUUCUACACCAUCAAGAGAUUUCUCCCCAACAUGAUUGCUGGAAAUGGCACUAUAGUUACUAUUUCCAGCGUUCUUGGACAGCUGGGAGCUGCUCAAUUAAGCGAUUAUGCUGCGUCGAAGGCCGCCAUCACAGCUAUGCACAAAUCUCUUGAGCAGGAGCUGAAUUCUACUCCCAAUGUCAAGACUGUGUUAGUGACACCGGGGCAACUAACGACACCACUAUUUCACGGCGUGAAAACACCUUCUUCCUUCUUCGCGCCAGAACUAGAACCCGUGGAAGUUGCGAAGGAAGUCAUUGCGGCGAUAGACGCAGGUAGUAGCAUGGAGCUGUCUAUGCCCUUGUAUGCUAGGUGGGUUGGCUGGAUGAAUGUGAUGCCUGUAGGAGUACAGACAAUUCUGAGGAAGUUCAGUGGUGUGGACACUGGCAUGAAGUCGUUUAUCGGAAGAAAGGGAAAUAAGGAGUCCUUGAUAUGA